UAACUUAUUUUAUUAGGUGUUUAAUCAUGAGGUUACUUAGAUCAGUACUCAGUGUUUUCACGGUUAAUUCCAGGAAAUACAGUUCGAAUUUGCAGAGUAAGAAACCGCCAAAAAUUUUAAUUACUGGUGGCCUAGGUCAACUGGGCGUAGAAUGUGCCAAGUACCUCCGAGGGAAGUACGGCCGUGAGAACGUUAUACUAUCAGACAUAAUCAAACCUACUGCAGAAGUUUUCAACGACGGUCCAUACAUUUUCGCCGACAUAUUAGAUUUUAAAGGGCUUCAGAAAAUCGUAGUAAACCACAGAGUUGACUGGCUCAUACAUUUCUCAGCUCUGCUUAGUGCAAUUGGGGAACAAAAUGUUCCUCUAGCAGUAAGAGUAAAUAUAGAAGGAAUGCAUAACGUGAUAGAGCUCGCAAAGCAAUAUGGGCUUAGAAUUUUUGUGCCGAGUACCAUCGGGGCGUUUGGACCCGACUCGCCGAGGAAUCCAACUCCAAAUAUAACUGUGCAACGUCCACGGACUAUUUAUGGCGUUUCAAAAGUGCAUGCGGAGUUAUUGGGUGAAUAUUACUUUCACAAGUUUGGGUUGGAUUUCCGUUGUCUACGGUUUCCUGGAGUGAUAUCCAGCGACCCGCCUGGCGGAGGCACUACAGAUUAUGCUAUCGCAAUAUUCCAUGACGUGAUUCGCAAAGGCCGCUACGAAUGCUAUCUCAAACCCGACACGAUGUUACCAAUGAUGCAUGUGAGGGACGCCCUCCGAGCCCUCUCGGAAUACUUGGAAGCUCCCAAUGAAAUUUUGAAUAGAAGAGUCUACAACGUCACAUCUAUGAGCUUCACUCCUGAAGAGCUGGCUGACCGGAUGGUCAAACACUUGCCGGAAUUCCAAAUCACGUAUAGACCUGAUAGUAGGCAAGAAAUAGCUGAUUCGUGGCCGCAAGUGUUCGACGACAGCGAAGCCCGCAGAGACUGGAACUGGAAACCCCGAGUGGACUUGGACGACCUGGUGACACUGAUGGUGAAGGAGGUCAAAGAAAAAAUAGCCGCUAAUGGAUUUUAAUACCAAAAUAAAUAAAUGCUAUAGAAUAUAGACACCUGUUUCGCAGUCUCAACGGCAAAAUCAAGCAAUCAAGACCCUAAGUGUAGUUUCAUCUUAAAAAGUGUGAUACCAGAUAUUGGUUAAUCUGCCAAACUUGAAUCUACUGAACACGGGUUUUCUUUCAGAAUGAGAAGCUUUUAAAAACUUCAUUCUCCCAUGCUGACCAAGAGCAUUUUUUUUAAAGAAUGUAUGACUAAUACUUCCCUUUCCCCUCCAAUCAAGCGUAAAGCUUGUGCCAGGAGGCAGGAGUGGGUGCGACAAUAGUGCAACAGGUGGGGUUUGAAUCGCCGACCUUUCGGAAUUCAGUCCGCUCCUCAACUGUUGAGCUACCGAGGCUCGUUUUGAAGAAGAGAAUUGGCAGACUUGCCACACCUUUGAGAACAUGGACAGUAAGCAUAGGGUCGCUUACGAUGUUUUCCUUCAUCACGGCAAGCGUGGCCGUAGCCAGCAUUUGAUUUGGGGGAGCUAACACCCAGGAGGCUACGGCCACGGUAGCAAGUGAUAUCUAAAUUUUUUUCUUAAUUUUUUAAUUUCAACGCUCAACUUCCUCGCAUGUUUGCUGGAUAGUCUGUAGCUAUCCUCCUUUAGUAGAUAAUAAUAUUUAGUAUAGAUCAAGUAUUUAUUGAAAUACGAAAACCAAAAUAAUUUAAUUGCAUUCCGUAUUUUUGAUAUCACAAAUAAAUAAAUUACUUGUUGUCACUAAGUGUGUUAUUUGGGUAAGAUAGUAAUAAAUAUUUUAGUAAAACAAUUCAUUUUGUAACAAGGUUUAUUUAAGCGUCCAUAAAAUAUAUUCUUAACCACACAGAUGACUAUUAAAAAUGGAUUAUGCAAAUUAUGCGAUGAUCGUGUAAGAAACAUAUAUUUAACGUUCACGGUGAACUUGUGUAAAAAUAAUUACUGUAAAUAAUAAAUAAUAAUUAUGCUUUUUUAACCAUAUACUUAUUAACUCGUUUAAAAUAAAAUGGUUUUCUUACAUUCGUGCAUUUUUCUUAUGGUUAGGUACUUAAUUAUUGUAAUUAAGUAUGUCAACUCAAAAUUCAAACAAGUAUACACAGAUAAUAAUAAUUAAAAGUAUUUUUUUUUGUAAUGUGAUGAUAAGUAUUUCGUUGAUUCUGAUAUUAAAUUGUCAACAAGUCUUUAAUAAAUGUGCUUUACAGAAAAAAUUUAAAGAUACAUAAACUUUUAUUUCAACAAUAGACUCGAAUUCGAUGUAAUACUUGUAAUUUCAUAAUGAUAAUAAUCCUAAGAGAAUGCAGAUAGAACACGUUUUAGUCACACUAAUAUUAUAAAGGCGAAAGUUUGUUUGUGUGUGUGUGUUUCGGAAUGGAGAUAGAUAAUAUCCUGGAUGUGCUACAUAGGCUACUUUUGAUCCCGUAAAAUCAAAGAGUUCCCACGGAAUUUCGAAAAACCUAAAUCCACGCGGAUGAAGCCGCGGGCGUCAGCUAGUCUUUCAUAUAAAAAAUGUAAGCAUAUCUGCCCUCGGUAAUCUUUAUGACCGCUGUGAACAAUGCCACGUUUCGAUACGCAGAACGCGCGCUUUCAGGUACAAAGUUCGAUCUUGUUUAUUGGUCGGUAGAUCUCCCCGCCUAGUUCACACUUCAGAGAGUGAUCAUAGUACUGUACGUUGGGUUUAAACAUCAACACGUUCAUAAUCAUAACAUUUUACGAAUUUGGGCACAAAAUACAGGGGCAAUACUAUUCUACUCUGACGCCAUUAACUAGCAAGGGAUAAUUAAACUUGAUUAGAGAAUUAAAAUUACGCAAUAGUUGUUGUUUUUGUCAUUAGUUAGUUUUUGUAGUACUUUUUACGAAAUUAGUUUCACGACAUUAAUUUCAUUAUCGCACGUGUAAACGUCUAAUUUCGUAAUCCAUGCUUACACGUGCAAUUUAUCAUGAAAUUAAUGUCGUAAAACUAAUUUCGUGGCACUAAUUUCGUAAUUUAAAUUACGUUUUGUGGAUAUUUUAGCAAAUUUUUCAUGGUCGAUUUUAUUACCUAGGUUUUUAAAAUCUACAAACCAACUAUCAUUUAAAAAAUAUGGCAUUCAGUAUUCGAUCACACUUUCAGAAAAAAAUAUACGUUAUGACUUAUGUGGAUCAAUGCAAGAAAAUACAAAAUCUAUCUAACUUAGUACUAUUUCCGACUUAGAAAAUGAUUCAUAACUAUUUCAAAUGUACCUACCUAAUAUUGAAACGAAACUAAAAACUGGAGUAAACUAUUUUAACUAAUUUUUGUUUUAGUGUAUUCGUUCCUAAACCGUAGAAAAAGGGGAUACCUAGGCAUGGUCGCUAAGCACAGCGAUAACCACUUUGUGCAUACAGUUCCCAAUCACAAUAUUUUAUAGGUAUUAUGUCAGACCGACUGUAUAUAAAAAGUGUCGAAUAUAAUUCUAUAUUGGCGUAUGUAUUCUAAUUACCAAUAUGUAGUACCUCUAUUUACAUUAGUGUUAUCUGACAAAUCAGCCACGAUAUACUUUCACGUCUCCGAUACUCUUUCAGUUUCCACUGCACUAAUUUAAAUUUUGAAAUUUGUAUACAUCCGACACUUAUCGCAACAAUAAAUGUAUCUGUCCGAUUUAAUGUAAACCGGCUCUUAUUUUGUUAGCAUUUGUGACGAACCUGUCAACGAAAACGUUUAGGCUUGACGAAUAUCGUGAACAGCAGGAGCUGACAGCCGGUCAGCGACAAAAUUGACGGUCCGAACUAGUGUGAACUAGACCUUUCGCUGGGCUAAGCGACCGUGGUAUAUUAUGUAUUAAUAUUUCGUUCUAUUUAUUAAACUAUACAUGUCUAUAUAUUUUGGAAAAGUGGAUGCUAUUUUAUGUGUUACAUAAAAAUUAACAAGUUAUGUUACAUAUAUUGUAGAAGACAUCCACAACAUUUAAAUGCAGUUAAGUAAUACAAUUCUGUUGGACAAUAUUUUAAUACUUACAUAAUUAUGUGAUUUUGACUUGGCUUUAACAUUAGCUAUAGUCAUCGAAUGUAUGUGAUUCUGAAGCCUGAACCUUAACAAAUAUAAUAUGUAUACUGUCGUAUUCUAUAAAUAUAAUGUUAUAAUAAUAUAAUGUAUCAUAAUCGGUCUAGACUACACAUUUUUAACAAUCAUUUAAACAAACGUUUUAUUUAUUGCGAAAAAUAUGUAUCACUGUAUAAGAAUGAACACCCAUUAUUGCUUGUUCAUAAGAAUUCACAGUUGCCAGUUAUAAAAUUAUAUAAGAUUUUCAAAAUACUAUUUAUUUUAUUUUUGGAACGGUUGUUAUUUCCUGUACAGCUUAAAUAGAAGGCGUGCUCUUUAUGCUAUAAGUAUACACAACACUAAUUUUUAAUUAGGUACCAUAAAAACUUUAAGGAAGGAAACUUUUUACAGGAAAAGCUUAACUGCAUAAGGCUGCUUUUCCACCAGAGAUGUGCUACGCUGCGUUGCUAUAGAUGUUUGCGAUUUCCACCAAUCAUUUUUUUUGCUUCACAUAGCUUAGCAUUAGUGGAAACGGGUUCAACGAAGUAUGUUCUUUGUAUAGAUGGAUGCGUGCUAUGAGUGCGAGCUAUUGAUGGGAUCUACGGAUGCGCGAGUGGUGUAGACCCGAGCUCUCUCUAGCAUCGAUGUAUCGCUUAACUCGAGUUGCGCAUCUAUCUCUCACAGCUACCUCAUGGAAGCGCAUCUUCAUAGAACAUCUUACCCACCCCGAUCAACACCGUGUUAGUGGAAACGGUCACAUUUUUUCGUAGCUUAGCUUUGACUUCCUCAUAGCAUGUAGCACAUCUCUGGUGGAAAAGCAGCUUGUCAAGUAUCGAAUUCUGACUAAACAAUUUUUCAUGGUACUUAAUUAAAAAUUAUUGGUGUGUAUUAUUUUCAAAAUAACUAUAUAACACAAAAAUUCUAUCUAUAUAAUCUAGCAAUGAUCUACGCUUAUUCACAUAAUUAAUACAA